AUGAAAUUCAAGUCUUCUCUUUGGAUUACAGAGAAAGAACGACAAGAUGAGGGUUUGCAGUUACGCUCUGCGCUUGAAAUUCCUUUUUCUUGCCCGUGUACAGAGAAAAUGAAACCCGUUGAUUUUAUCGUGAAUGCCGCAUUUGUAGAGCAAACCGAUUUGUUUUUCUUCUUUAUGCGACGACCUUUGCCGGUGCGUUGUGUCUGCCAUGGAGUGCAUUGGAUAUUUACUGGAGUUCAGUGGCGCGCAAUAUCCGACUCAAAUUUUUCCUUCACAUGGAUGGAAAAACUCUUUGCAUGCGUCAAUCACAUGUUGUCUGAUGCGUGUCCAGUCAAGGCAUCGUCGCAACAUAACGCCUCAGCAUUCAUCAACUGUCCAGGAAGAGAAGUGAAGAGUUACGUACGUGAGUUGAUUCUUCCACCUUCCACAACAAGUGGGCGACAAACCGAGUUUUUUUGGAUUGAUCAUACCGCUAUUUCCUUGCACGGUGUGGCUCUCUUCACAGAUGCGGCCUGGUUCCCAUUAAACGCAACAGCCGUGAACCCAUCCUGCAUGUACAAUGCGGAUCAGAUACUGCUUUGCCGUUGA